GGAGACUAAUAGAGUUAUGAAUGAAUAUAAAUAAGGGGAAGGAGUGGUGGAUGGGAGCAUCGCAUUUCCAAAUGGAGUUGGCUAACAUAGCAAAGUGCUUAUUGUUGGGUGUUGUGAUUCUGUGGAUUCAAAUCCAUGGAAACAAAGGUUGCUUUGAAGAAGAGAGAUUGGCUCUCUUAGAUUUCAAGGCAUUUGUUGGAUCAAAUGGGCUCGACGCAGACCAUCUUUUGCCUUCAUGGAUUGAUGAUCCAACCAGCAAUUGUUGUGAAUGGGAGCGUGUCAUGUGCAACUCAACCACCGGUCACGUGACUAAACUCUCGCUCAACAAUACACGACAAUAUGAUAUAGAGAGUGGAUCAUUUUAUACUGAUGAAAAUACUUGGUAUGUAAACUUGUCAAUGUUCCAGCAGCUGAAAGAGCUCAAAACUCUUGAUUUAUCGUACAAUCAUUUCGAUUGUUCCAUUGAUGACCAAGGUAAUAUACUAUACUCUUCUAAUUUUAUUUUUAUUCACGUUUCUAUUUAUUUUCUAAAUAUAAAAAUAUUUAAAUAUAGCUUUCAAAGAUUAGAGGAGUUGGACAUUAGUGGGAAUAGUUUCAAUAAUAGCAUUUUAUUAUCAUUGGCUGCGCUUCCAUCACUCAACACUUUAAUUUUCGCUUCCAAUUACAUGGAAGGUUCAUUUCCUAAUCAAGGUUUUAAAAGAUUGGAGAAGUUAGACAUUAGUUGGAAUAGAUUCAAUAAAAGCAUAUUAUCAUCAUUGGGAGCUCUUACAUCACUCAACACUUUAAUUCUUAGGAACAUGUAUAAUAUGAAUGGUUCAUUUACAAUGAAUGGUUCAUUCCCUAUCCAAGAAUUAAAGAAUUUGAAGAAUUUAACAUUAUUGGAUAUAAGUGUUAACCGUUUCAAUGGCACCCUAUCAUUUAAAGAAUUGAAGAACUUGAAGAAUUUAACAUUCUUGGAUAUAAGUGAUAAUCGUUUCAACGGCAUCCUAUCAUUUAAAGAAUUAAGUAAUCUGAAAAAUUUGAAAACGCUGGAUGUGAGUUAUAAUCAAUUCAACAGCUUCCACUCAGCGGCAGAAUUAAAGAAUUUGAAGAAUUUAACAUUCUUGGAUAUAAGUGGUAACAAUUUCAAUGGCACCCUAUCAUUUAAAGAAUUAAGUAAUCUGAAAAAUUUGAAAACGCUGAAUGUGAGUCAUAAUCAAUUCAACAGCUUCCACUCAGCGGCAGAAUUAAAGAAUUUGAAGAAUUUAACAUUUUUGGAUAUAAGUCGUAACAAUUUCAAUGGCACCCUAUCAUUUAAAGAGUUUUCAACUUUCAAAAGGUUAGAGAUUUUAAAUUUGGAGGACAAUGCUUUCACUGGAUGUAUUCCGGAAGAUACGUGGGCUCCACCUUCUCUGAAAGUAUUAUAUUUAUAUGGUAACAAAUUCAGUGGCUCUUUACCAAAGCAAAGUUUGUGUGGUUUAAAAGAUCUUCAAUAUUUAGAUCUCAGACAUAAUGAAUUUGGAGGCACUCUUCCUCAAUGCCUUGGCAAUUUGACAUCUCUCACAUUCCUAGGUCUGUCUGAGAACCACUUAACAGGGCGUCUUCCUUCAUUUUGGCCACCUAUGCUCCAAUCUCUUGAUCUUAGCUAUAAUCAUCUCCAGGGCAUAUUCUCUUUCAAUUAUUCUAGCCUUGAGGUGAUUGGUUUAAGUGGCAACAAAAUUACGUUUGAGAAUGGUUGGAUUCCAUCAUUUCAAUUAAGAGAUCUUAUAAUGCAAGAUUGUGGUCUCGAAAGUAUUCCUGAGUUUCUGUUUCACCAAUUCAAAUUGGAAUUACUUGACCUUUCUCACAACAAUUUAAAAGGAAGAUUUCCUUAUUGGUUACUUCAAAACAAUGGAGGACUUGAGAUCCUAAAUCUCAUGAAUAAUUCUUUCAAUGGCCAGCUUGAAAUUGGGGCAAAGAUGCUUCCGAGCAUGACAUAUCUUAAUUUAGCCAGAAAUCAUUUUGAAGGUGAUCUUUUUUCUGCUGGCGAUGACUGUAAAUUGGUCGCUUUAGAUUUGUCUCAUAACAACUUUUCAGGGGAAGUUCCAGAGAGACUGCUUUCAAAUUGCAUUUCCUUGAGCUAUUUGAGGUUAUCUCAUAAUAAUUUUCAUGGUCAGAUAGCAUUGUUUAACUUGACUCGAAUUGCUGAUUUGCAAUUGAAUGACAACCAAUUCGAAGGAACCCUAUCAAGUUUACUCACCAAUUUUAGUCAUCAAAGCUAUGGCCCAGAGGUGUUACAUUUGAGCAACAAUCGAUUGCACGGUGAGAUUCCACACUGGAUAGGUAACAUCACAGGGUUGGAAUAUCUCAACUUGCGCGAUAAUCUUUUUCAAGGUCAGAUUCCAUGCCAACUUCUUUCAACAAGAAUAGAGUAUCUAGACCUUUCUUAUAAUUCUUUUUCUGGGUUGUUACCUUCUUGCUUCAAUGGAAAUUCUUUGCAACAAAUAAAUUUGCAAGGUAAUAGAUUCAGUGGUUCAAUACCUCAAGCUUUGCUUAAUAUCUCAACACUGAACUCAUUAGACUUAAGCGACAAUGAGUUGUCGGGCACUGUUAUUAAUAAAUCUGGAGAGAAUUUAAGUGGUUUACGAGUUCUUUUAUUACGCGGAAAUCAUUUCAGUGGCUUCAUUCCAAAUUGGUUGUGUCAUCUGAAUGAUGUCAACUUAUUGGAUCUCUCAAGAAAUUCCUUUUCUGGAUCUAUACCCCACUGCUUAUAUAAUCUCUCAUUUGCAAGGGAAGGAGAAGGACCUCUCUAUGGUCCAUUCAGUGAUGAACUUUUUGGAUGGGUGAUAGAAGAUAGGGGUAGCAGCAAAACUCACUUAGCUAACACAAUUCUUUUUGAGGCUGAGGUUGAUGAAGAAAGUGAGUUCGUUACAAAAUAUAGAGCUGACACAUAUAAGAAUAAGGCUCUUAACUACAUGUCUGGAUUAGAUUUAUCCGAUAAUAACUUAACGGGUGAAAUUCCAUAUGAACUUGGAGUGCUAUCUCAUAUUCAUGCAUUAAACCUAUCACACAAUCAAUUGACAGGAUCUAUUCCGAAAUCUUUUUCAAAUUUAUCCCAAAUAGAAAGCUUGGAUCUCUCUUACAACAUUUUAACCGGACAAAUUCCAAUAGAGUUGAUCGAUCUAAACUUUCUAGAGGCAUUUAGCGUGGCUCACAACAAUUUAUCAGGCAGAAUUCCAGACAUGAAAGAACAGUUCAGUACAUUUGAUAGUAAAAGUUAUGAAGGGAACCCAUUUCUUUGUGGAACUCAAGUGAGAAGAAAAUGCCACGAUGAUAAUGAUGAACUAUUUCCAUCACAAAUGGAGUCACCACAAGAAACAAGUGGGAAAUGGUGUGAAAUUGAUCGCGAGAUUUUCCUUAUAAGUUUUUCAGUAACUUUUAUAAUAUUCUUUUUGUCUGUCAUCACCAUUCUAUAUCUCAAUUCUUAUUGGCAACAGAAAUUGAUCUAUUAUACUAGACAAUAUCUAUUUUCAUAUUAUUACUUUUUGUAUGAUAAUUUAAUGAAGUGA